AACCGUACUGAGAACUGGCAGGUUUUCUGGGCGACUAUGCCUGGAUUUGGGUACCCACCUCAGGCCUGGGUGGUCGGUUCUCAAUCGACAAGCAAUGGAGAAAGGGGGAGGAGCAGGAGCAGGAGCAGACGUCAACGUAGGGGUGCUUGGGUUUCUAGGAAGUAGUGAUUUCGGCGGUAAUGAGGAUGGAAAACUGGCUCUCAAACAGGCACAAGUAAUAGAACGGCAAACAGCGAAAAACCAACUACGGCAACAAGAGAUUGCGCGAGCUCGUGAAGAGGCUGCAAAGUCGUCCAACCCUGGAGAAUCGCCUGCUGCCUUCCUCGACAAGUUCUCCGCAGAACGCUGUCAGUUGGAAGUGGGAUUGCAUGCACUGUCCGCUAGGAGAAGAGGAGCAGCAGGGGAAGUUGAAACUGACCUUACUGGCCUGCAGCAGCAGCAGCAGCUAGCUGAAAUGACCGACUCUCUGACGCGAUUGAAGGAGUCGCUCGCGGUCUCGUCGUACUUUCUUCCGCGGUUUGACUUACGGAAUUGUCAAGCCGCCGUGUCAAAGCUUGAGGAAGAUCUUGCCGCGGCUGGCGAUCAGAUCGCCCCGAAGAAAAAGUUCACUUUUGCCUCGAAGAAAAAGAAGGGUCCUGGCAGGACAACUGCGGACGGGUCACAACCACAGUCCUCUCCCUCCGUGGCAGCAGAAAAAACAUCUUCAGCACCGUUGUUUGUGGCGGCAUCGUCACCUCGCAUGACUUCAUCUGCGUCUCCGACAGCAAACCGAACAGAUAAUGAAGCUAAGCUGGGUAAAGGGUUGACAGGGGUGAAAGGGGCAGUGCUUGUCAAGGAUAGCGAUGACCUUGUCAGUGGGGACUACACCCUGGCUGAUUUGGUCAACUGCGACGUGUACCUGCGCGGCACUCUGAGCGCGUUGUUCAUUCACAACCUGAGGAAUUGCAAAGUAUAUUCAGGUCCAGUUACGGGUGCGGUCCACGUCGACGGUGCCUCGGGAUGCGUGUUUAUGCUGGCGUCUCAUCAGAUCCGGAUUCAUUCGACGAAACAGUCAGAUUUCUAUCUUCGAGUUCGAAGCGGACCGAUCAUUGAACAUACUGCAGGUGCCCGCUUCGCCCCGUAUGCUUUUCGUUAUGUGGGGAUUGAGGCAGACUUGCGCGAUGCGGGCCUUGCAGAUGAGAUGGGUCUGUGGGAAAAGGUGGAGGAUUUCGGAUGGUUGCGAGCAGCCAAGUCGCCCAAUUGGUCUUGGAUUCCUGUCAGUGAACGCCUGCCUCCUGUCGAUGGCUCCGAGUGGGGUCCAACUGUGGUCUUGAGAGCAAUCAGAAUCCGCAUUGGAUGCAAGGGGGUUAGGAGCGGAGGAAGAGGAGAAGAAAAAGAGGAGGAGGACGACGACGACGACAAAGAAGAAGAAGAAGAAGAAGAAGAAGAAGAAGAAGAAGAAGAAGCAGAAAAGCAGAAGAAGCAGAAGACGGCUGGGGGGGCAGGUGACGGGGUUGGUGGAGCGUUGACGGCUCCUGCUGCAAUGUUGGGGCUGAAUGGGAGGGUGCUGUAUGGCUCACGACGUAUGCUGAUGGUCUCUUGUCUGAGGCAAUCAUCAUUUUGCUACAAACAGGGCCCGCGAAACAGUGCACCAUGGCUCCGUCUGCAAAGGAAUGACCUUCAUACAACCCAUGUUAUCUUAAGAUUCCACUUGGAUGCUUCCACUCAACCUGGGACCACAAUGAAGAGUUGUUGCCAGUGCUUCCGUCUAAGACCGAUGGCCAUGCAGGCUCUUGCAUCAUAUCAUCAUCAAUGUAAUGUCAAUCUGCAAGCUGCAUGGUGUUUAGCUCCUUUACAUCCACACAAUCACAGGUGUUCACACCGAUUCGUGCCCAGACAGCAGGUUCUGAGUUGGCGCGCAAAUGCAGAUUUAUCAAGAUUCUCGACUCCAGGAAGGGACUUCCAUGCAACUGUGACGAAGCAGAAAAUGAUAUCUGCAGUGGGCAGUCGUCGUAUGGAUGACAAACAUUUUGGGGAAGAUGGGGCAUCAAGCUUGCAAGCUCGCGCAGAGCAUAUCGAUCGAAAGACUCCAGGCAUCCAAGUAGUUUGUCCGCUGUGCGAACGGCCACCGGUUCAUGUAACUCCUGUUGAGCAAUUGAUAGGAUGGCUUCGAUGGGCACGCUCGCUCGCAAAGUCUGUCGGCGAAUCAUUUGCCCAUGCAGAUGGUGGUCCAACUACGCCCGAACUCUUGAGAGAAAUCGACUGGGUGCUUGAUGACGCUGUGGCCGCAGCUGGCUUGGCACGUUCCUACGAGUCCAGCAUUGACCAUCUCACUUCUCAUGGUGUCGACAGAACGAAGUCGUUUAGCGUAGACGUUCUUGCUGACGAAGUUCCGUGGCGCAGUUGCAGCUGGGAGGAACUCAGAAGAAAGCUUGAACAGGAGGGAUUGUCAGGUGGCAUCUCCUCGGCCGAUCCGGGCACGUGGCAAGAGCAGCUCCAUGUGGUCGGUGACGACGAACAGAGAAGCACAUUUAGUAUCGCAGAUCGGUAUCAGUUCAACGCGCUUCAGAACGAGUGUGAUUCAACAACGCCCUCGGUCCGCCUAGUCAUGGGAUCAAGGGUUUUGUCAGAGCAGGUCACCGCAACGCCUCCUGAGCCUGGCGAGGAAGACAAGGGUACCGAGGAAGACACGGCUUUCGGGACUCUGAGCCAGUCGUUUGUUCUUCUCCGGGAAUCCGUCGACUCCCUGGAGGUUAUGUGGACGAGAAGGAUUCGAGAGCGACUUCCUUUUCAAUACAUGGUGGGAGCAGCUCAUUGGAGGGAUCUUGUCAUCGCUGUCCAGCCAGGUGUCUUAAUCCCACGCCCAGAGACGGAGCAGCUGAUAGACAUGGUGGAAGUGGCUGUCGAAAGCAAUCCAUCGUUGAUGGGUCACCCGUGGGCUGAUAUGGGCACUGGGUCUGGUGCCAUUGCCAUUGCUUUGGCAAGACUGCGAACAAAGGGGGGAUUGGUCUAUGCGGUCGACUGCAGUCUCGAGGCCAUUUCAGUUGCCUCGUGGAACAUUCAGAGGUACGAGCUACACGACAGCGUUGAUGUGCGUCAUGGUAAAUGGUUUGCACCUCUCCAGGAAUUGGAAGGGAAGCUUGGUGUAGUGGUCAGCAAUCCUCCGUAUAUCCCGACAGCCGACCUUCAGUCGCUUCAGGCAGAGGUUAGGCAGCAUGAACCUGCACUUGCUCUUGAUGGAGGGGGGCGUAAUGGAAUCGACUCACUGAUGGAGGUGUGCCUGGGAGCAGCCAAAAUGCUCCGACCUGGAGGUUUCCUCGCAUUGGAGACAAAUGGGGGUCAGCAGGCUGAAGAACUAGCUUCGUUCUUGCGCUGUUGUUCGGAGGACUGGUGGGUCGAGGGUCGUGAACAAUCGAAGGAUGUACCCAUGUCAUGCACAGGGCUCAUCUCUUCGCUCGGUGAUGACACGAACAAUGACGAGGAGCGUCGUCUAAUAGAUGUGCAGACUUUGAGCGGGAGGUGGGCGUGGCAUGAUUCUUGUUCCGUUAGCGAAGGACGUGUUGUAUGGCGAGGCGAUCAGGGCUCGGCGAAGUGUUUCACAGAUGUCGAAGUCGUCAGCGAUCUUGCAAAUGUCUCUCGCUUUGUGAUAGCGUACCGGAGCAACGAAAGAGAUCAUCGCGAAGACCUUCCGGUGUGAGUACCGUAGUUAUUGGCCGGCCUUACGGUCGAGUGUUGAAGCCAAGGGAGGUGAGUGUUGAAGCUCUCUGUUGGUACUGUGGAGUUUGCCUUUGCACAGACAAUUGAGUUAGAACUUAGACUCAUUCUAAAGAUGAUCAAACUAAUAAGAAGUAUGUUCCUGGAUACGGAGCCAGGACCAUAAGGGCCUGUUUUGAAAAAAAAAAAAAAAAAAAAAAAAAAAAAAAAAGUAUGUUCUUUACUCCUCUUCUCCUUGCAAGCGUCAUUUUCGUUUUCGCCCAUUGUCACUUUCACUUAUCGUUGCGUCAUUUUCGUUUUCGCCCGUUGUCACUUUCACUUAUCGUUGCGUCAUUUUCGUUUUCGCCCAUUGUCACUUUCACUUAUCGUUGCGUCAUUUUCGUUUUUGCCAUUUUGAUCUGGUUAUGGUCAUUUGUACGCAUCGCCACCACCUACAGACUACGGCAUCCUGUUCAUACCCAUCAGCAAAGCAAUUGCGACCGCAUGUGCAUGUCACUUUUCGCGUACUACGCUGAUGCUCUCAAGUGAACCCGGCCUCGUCAACCAUCACAUCAAUGAUUGAAUCGAUUACGUGGACAAUGCAUGACUACUCAGGGUCACAAGUGGGAAAAAGUAUGUCCCAGUCCUCGCAUUUCUUCUCCCCCCCCCCCCCCCCCCUUUCUCCCUAUGGUUCAUCAGAGAGUUCUAUCUGCAACAGACUGACUUCAACUUCCACUGACCGACCAGAAGAAUGUGAAAAGUAUCGAUUUAGCCAACUUCGUGAAAAAAAACGACUUAAAUUCUGCUCUAGGAUAAAACCUUUAGAAAUCG